UAGGCUGUAACUAGGUAAACACACCACACAAAAAUACUAGGAGAGGCGGGAAGCUUGUUCACCACCUGACGUACUGCCACAUAUAAAUGUGGAAAUACAGCCAUUCCUAUUAUCCAUCUUUUAAGUUAUAGCAGAGCCAUGUAUGGUCCCGGAGUGAGAGUCGGUAACUGGCUGGAAACUGCCUUGUCCGAGGAGAUGCGUGUGAGCGAAAUGAAGCAGCGCAGGGAAAGCGGCAACCUGUUGCUGGACAGAACCCGAGCCGUUUACGACCGCUUCUACCAGGAGACGGUGUUGGGUCCUCCGCAGGAUGUGCUGGCCUUCGGCGCGUUGGUGCAGCUCCGCCCCGUGAAGAUCAACGUCUGCCGCCAGCAGGACAUAGAUCAGAACCUGGUCCUGUCGGUGGUCAUCACCCAGGAGGGCCUGCACCGCAACUGCCACACCAUCAAUGAGAUGUGCGACCUUUCGGUGGCACCUGCUCCACAUCCCUCGCUGCGCAGCAGCUUUAGGAUUGUCAGUCCGAACGACGACGACCGCUCCGGUCAGUACCUGGCGUACGGCGAGAAGUUCCGACUCCAAACCCUAGAGCCCGCCGAUGAGCCCAUGUACUUGUUCAGCGGACCCAAGAGGCUGAACUUAUCGCUUCCCGUGGAGAAGGCCUUUUACACCACCAAACACGGCGAGGUUACACUUCCAUUGGGUUUGGUAUCGCACAAGAACUGCGGUCCAUCUGCCCGGGUGCCCUCUUCACACACUCACUUUUUUUGUGCGCACAAGGACCCCGAUCUGCGAUUCGAAAGCGAGGGCAAAACUAUACCAGUAAACUAUCCAUUGCUCAUUGUUCAUGCGGUUACCAAUCGAAAUCUGGCUGUGGAGAAUGUUGUGGCAAACACCCUGUUUGGUCCGGAGUUCCAGGUUUCCGUGGAGACCUACAAGAAUGUGUACAAGCGGGAGACCUGGAAGAACCAGUGGAAGUUCACAUAUUGAUAUAGCUAGUCCCAUAUUGCGGUGUAUUUUCAGUUUUUGUAUUGCAUAUUAUUCAACUGGGGUGCAGCUCCUACCUGCUGUGGCAUUCAAACGACCCAAUCAAAUGAGCUGUUGCGAGUUCGCCUGUUUGUUAAGCAUGUCAAAAUAAAAGACGAGACGAGAAGUUGUCGUAAAUUCCGUUUGAUUGUCGGGCAAUGCCAAGAAUCCCGGGUGGAAAUUUAUGUCUCCCCUCGCAAGUUUCUGGUCGGUCAACGAGGCGUGUGAGUGAUUUGUUGCGGGGGCAUCGCCGGGGGAGAAUGUCACAAGUUGCGCCACUUUAUGAUUGUGAUAAAUUAAUUAAAAUUAGACAAUAACUACGACGGGAAGAGGCUAAUGAGCUGGAGACGAUCGACAAGGGCAGCAUCUCCGUCGCAGAAACAGAUCUUGUAGAACAUGUCAGCGCAACAAAUUUGAAUUAGUUCGCGCUUCACUUAUUUGACGGCAGCAGAGCAGUCAUAAAAAGAAAGUGCCGCCCCCAGACGGAGCUGGGAUUCAGAAAA